AUGGCGACUGGAUAUGCGCCCCAGAUGGAGAAGAUUGCAGGAAUGCAUCCCUCUGAGCAGCGCGAGUUCGUCGACGCCAACUCAGUCAAGAAUCCGCCCAGCGCGGCCAAGUUCGACAGCAACACCAAUGUGACGAUGAAUACACUGCCGAGCACUGCGAAUAGUGACAGUGAGCAACUGCGAGGUCCUGCGGAGAUGGAGAGCCUAACCAUCAUUUGGUCCAGGAACUGGCUCAUCGCGGCCUAUGGAGCUAUCAUGCUCAUCUCAUUCAUCAACUCUCUCCAACAACAAACCAACUUCUCGUGGAGACCCUACGUCACCUCGGCAUUCUUGAUGCACGGUCUUACUGCCAUGACCGACAUCGUCGCCAACAUCGUCGGAGGCGUGUCGAAGCUACCGCUAGCCAUGUUCAUUGAUCUUGUUGGCCGGCCCCAAGGCUUUCUGAUGUGCUUGAUCUUCAUAAUCGCCUGCAAGUCCUUCCAAUCCAACUGGCAUGUCAUCUACUGGACAGGCAUGAACGGUGUCGAUUACGUCUUCAACAUCUUCAUUGCCGACACUGCGCUCAUGGAGAACCGGCUAAUUUGGAUGGCAUUCACCGGAUUCCCCUAUGUCAUCAACACCUUUGCCGGUCCCAAACUCGGCGAAACCUACCUCAAGCAUAGCACCUGGCGUUGGGGUUAUGGUUCUUUCGCCAUUUUGACCCCUGUAUUCUCCCUGUCGUUUUGUGCUGUCUUCUGGCUCAUGGGCAGACGAGCACGGAGAGCGGGCGUCGAGGCACGCGAACUGAGCGGCAGAACAGUCCUUCAGAGCAUCAAGCACUGGUCCAUCGAAUUUGAUCUAAUUGGGCUCCUGCUCGUAGUCAGCGGCUUUUCUCUCCUCCUUCUUCCUUGGCCUCUCGCAACUUACCAGCACCAUGGGUUCGGGUCCCCAUUGGUUAUAUGCAUGAUUGUCUUCGGACUCAUGCUCCUCGUGGCUUUCGUGAUCUGGGAACGCUUCUACGCCACGAAGACCUUCUUUCCGUACUACCUCAUGAAGGACCGCACAGUUGUUGCGUCAUGCCUGCUGGGCGCCAACGCCUGGAUUGCUUUCUACUCGUACCGGAUGAUGUACUCGUCAUACCUCCAAGUCGUAUUCCAGCUUCCUGUCGCCAAGGCCGGAUACAUUACCAACAUCUUCAACAUUGUUUCGUGUACCUGGGCAAUUAUCAUCAGUUUCGCGAUGAAGUAUACGGAUACCUACAAAUGGGGGGCCAUCAUCGCCGUUCCCAUUCAAAUUACAUGCACUGGUCUGUUGAUCAUGCUCCGUCAUCCCGGUAGUCCAAUCGCGGCGCUUGUCACAGUCGAGGUCUUCGGUGCUAUGGCAAGCGCUAUGCUCUACAAUGUUGAACAAGUCGCCAUCAUGAUGGCCGUACCGCACGACCAGGUUGCCGUCGCCAUCGCCCUCCUCAACGUCACUACUGCUGUCGGCGGUGCCAUCGGCCAGUCUGUCAGCGGCACUCUCUGGGCACAGAUUGUGCCUAAGAAACUUGUCGAGUACCUCCCCGAAGGCUCGAAGCAUCUAGCUCCGAUGAUCUACGGCGACAUUCGUAAUCAGUUGGGACUACCAUGGGGUAGCCCGGAGCGCGAGGCUGUAAUCCAUGCAUUCGGUGAUGCGCAAAGGGUCAUGGUCUUGAUGGGAACUAUUGCCUUCGCACCUUGCUUCAUCUGGGUCGCCAUGUUGAAGAACUCCCGCAUGAGCGAGCGCAAGGCUCGCAAGGGUCUUCAGGCUUGA